AUGUCACCCUUAGAAACCCCAGGAUCCCUCACCAAGGGCGUCCACACAAACACACCACCGCUAUCACUACAAGACUACGCUGUUACUUCUAACGGCUUUCUCCCAGAGGAGCCGCCGUUGAGAAGGCUGCCAGACCCAUACUACGCCCCCUGGGAGUCCCUAGUCGAAACCCUCUCCAUCUCCAUCGCAGAGCAAACCCUACGCCAACAAAUCGACCGACUCCCCGUGUUGUCGACCGACCGGCUCACAACAGAGCCCGAAUGGCGAAGAGCUUGUGUCGUCCUUGCCUUUCUCACACACGGCUACAUCUGGGGCGGCGAGACAGCGUCCGAGGGGGCGGAGGUCGAGGUGUGGUGCCAGUUUACAGGGGGGAGUAAUGGGCAGACGCUUCGCCGGUGCAGUUUCUUGGAUGUGGUGCUGGGGGUGGCAGCAUAA